CCUGCAGAGGGGUGCGCAAAUGAAUUCCUAUUUUGUGAAUCCCACUUUCCCCGGGAGCCUGCCCAGCGGCCAGGACUCCUUCCUGGGCCAGCUGCCCCUCUACCCGGCUGGCUAUGACGCGCUGAGGCCCUUCCCGGCCUCGUACGGGGCGUCGAGUCUCCCGGACAAGACGUACACCUCACCUUGUUUCUACCAACAGUCCAACUCGGUCCUGGCCUGCAACCGGGCGUCCUACGAGUACGGGGCCUCAUGUUUCUACUCUGAUAAGGACCUCAGUGGCGCCUCGCCCUCGGGCAGUGGCAAGCAGAGGGGCCCCGGGGACUACCUGCACUUUUCUCCCGAGCAGCAGUACAAACCCGACAGCAACAGCGUGCAGGGCAAAGCCCUCCAUGACGAAGGCACCGACCGGAAGUACACGAGUCCAGUUUACCCCUGGAUGCAGCGGAUGAACUCCUGCGCGGGUGCUGUAUAUGGGAGUCACGGGCGCCGAGGUCGCCAGACCUACACGCGCUACCAGACCCUGGAGCUAGAGAAGGAGUUCCACUUUAACCGCUACCUGACGCGCCGCCGCCGCAUCGAGAUUGCCAACGCGCUCUGCCUCACCGAGCGCCAGAUCAAGAUCUGGUUCCAGAACCGCCGCAUGAAGUGGAAAAAGGAGAAUAAACUCAUCAAUUCCACGCAGCCCAGCGGGGAGGACACAGAGGCAAAGGCGGGCGAGUAAACCGUCUGAGCAAGGACCAGGCCAGCGCCACAACCUUCCUUUGCUUUGCCCCCUUGUUCUUGCUGCUCCCCAA